UUCCAGCAUGAUCAAGUGGAAGAUCUUCGUGUGAGUGCAGCCUCUGAAUAUCAGCUAUAUGAAUAUUGAAUACCCUACAUAAUUCUUCGAAAGCCCUGCAAUCCUAUAUCUUCAAUCCUCCAUGGCCAUGCGGGCCUUUCACGGAGCCUGUCCCUCCAAUAUGACGGCUGUUGGGGAUUUGGACAUGGACCGAUUCAAAGGAAAGUGGUACACCCACUCGAUAUAUCCUCAUCUCUCGUUGCGAGUGGAGAAAUGUCAGUCGACGGAUUUCAUAGAGAAGGAAGAGAAUAAAUUCAGCGUUGUGGCCCGGGAACUGAACACCCAAACUGGUACUGUAAAGAUGAGAAAGGCAGACAUACUGAACGUGGAGCCAGAAUUUGGGCGGUAUGUUUUGGGCACAACAAGUACGGCAUUUCCUGAGGGCGUUCUCAUGUACGUUCUGGAUACCGAUUAUGUGAACUUCGCCAUUCGAUUUAUGUGCUUUGAUGCCAGCAAAAUAUUCAGCUUUCAUUGGGCUGUCAUCCAGACCCGAAAACGAUUGCCCAGUACUCAGGUUAUUCAUAUGGCUCAGUACUUUGGAAAAAGUGCCGGCCUUGUUAUAGGUGACAUGAGCAAAGUUCCGCAGGAGUCGUGUCCUUAUGAUACCUGAAAAGUAUAAGCUUUGUUUUAAAAUAAAAGUGUAACUUGUAGGUCGC